AUGGACCCCCCUCCCUCUCAAACUCGUCGGCCGCCCAGCUCGCCGUCGUCAACACCAAUCAUCCCCGACGAAAUCAUCGUGGAAGUCCUCUCCUUCCUUCCUGUCAAAUCACUCAUUCAAAUGAAAUGCGUGAGUAAGUUCUUCAAAUCCCUCAUUUCCGACCCCACCUUUAUCAAAAUGCAUCUCCGUCGAUCCGCACGAAACCCUCAACUCACGAUCGUCUCAGGAAAGUGCGUAGCAGAUUUCCGUUUCGUAACUCUCGCUAUAAAUGAUUUUCUCGAGAAUCCUCUGAUCAUCGUUCCGGAGAAGCCUUUCCUUCCAUUGUUGGACACUGUCCAUUACUGGUUGGUUGGUUCUUGUAAUGGAUUACUGUGUUUUGCUCAUUAUUCUAGUUUCACUGAUAGUUAUGGAGAUUGUUGGCUCAAUUUCUAUAAUCCAGCUACAAAUACUUUAUCUAACAAAUUAGGCCAUUAUAAGGAUUAUUGCAAGCAUCAUUUUUUCUUCUCUAGAUAUGCAUUUGGUUAUGAUUGUUUAACUGAUAAUUAUAAAGUAGCCGCGUUACAAUUGAUUGCUGACGAUGGUGAAAUUGGUGGUGAAAAUGGAGACAAUGAAACUCAAUGGAGAACAAAGGUGAGAACAGAGGUGAGAGUUUUCAGUGUGGGUGAUAAUGUUUGGAGAGAUAUUCAAGAUUUUCCGGUUGGUCCUCUCCGGUUAACUCUUCCCUUUGAGAAUCAUGGUGUUUAUUUGAAUGGUAACCUUAGUUGGUUGGCACUUCGGAAUUGCUACUCUACUGAUAUGUUUUAUCAUAGCAAUGAUAUUACUCUUGAUCAAUUUGUGAUCAUUUCACUUGAUCUGAGUGCUGAGAGACACGUGGAGUUAACACCUCCGCAGGGUUUGGAGGAAGUGCCGCUGAUUGAGCCGACUAUUUCUGUGUUGCUGGAGUCUCUUUGUUUUUGUCAUGAUUUCAAACAAACUUGUUUGGUUAUAUGGCAGAUGAAGGAGUUUGGGGUUGGAGAGUCUUGGACUCAACUCUAUAGAAUUAAUUAUCAGAAUCUUCAACACAUUGGAUGCUGGUUGCCGUUGCACAUUUCUCAAGAUAAGAAUACUUUGGUAUUGGCAAACAAGCGUGACCUUCUAGCUAUCAUCUAUGACUGGGCAAAUAAUAGAGUAGAGAUGGUUACUAAUAAACCGCGGUGGGCCUUCUGUAAGGAUUAUGUUGAAAGUUUGGUUUCAGUUCGAUGA